AGAGUUGUUAGCAGUCUGUUAAAGAUUCAAACCCAGGCUCAUUAUCCACUAGAAUUUCAUGUUAUUUCCCUAUCAACCUUUCUCUGUACGUCUCAACAACUGACUUAAACAAUAGUAUGUUACUGAAAACAAUGAAAACGAGUUUCAAUGAGAUUAGAAAACAUUGAUAAAAUCCAAAAUGACAGCAACCCAAAUCUUUGAAUGUGCCUUAAAUUAUCUUCCCAAAUAGACCAAAGCCCUAUUCAUUUUUUAAUAUAGCCAUGUUAUACCCAUAAAUGGCCUCUUCUGAUCACUUAUCAAAUGCUCUAAUAUACUUCCCGAACUUGCCCAGCUCCGACGACAAUAUUCCAAACCAUGACAAUUGAGCCAAAUGACGAUUCUGAAAACAUCUUAGGAUGGAUAGAUGGAUCGUCGUACUUAUCUACGUUUUCUGAUGAUCCAUUUGAUGCCGGGGAUUUUGGUGGCUAUUCGUGGUGGCUGCACUGUGCAAGUCUAGAACACGAAUUCAUUGACAGCACCAUACCUGCUACCACUACCCCAGCUGACUUACUAAUUUCUGAUCAACAACUACCUUCUGAUUUACCAAAGAAACGAAAAAUACCAGAUGAUUCGAGUAAUAUAUCAUCACAAAGCUCCCGGAAGAACCACAGCCGCCAGAUCAAUAACGCUGAUGACGGGUUUGAAAUUGCCAAACAUGGGGAGCUAUCCAGAGAAUCAACUGGGAGUAAAAAGGCAACCAAGAAAGCUGAUACAAAUAACUGUAAAGAUGGUAACAAAGAAGGCAGGUGGGCUGAACAUCUGCUCAAUCCCUGUGCUGCUGCCAUCACUGCUCGAAAUCUACCCCGCGUUGAGCACUUCUUGCUUGUGCUGCGUGACCUGUCAUCCCUUAAAGGCGAAGCUAACCAACGGCUAGCUGCUCAUGGCCUCCACGCCUUGAAACACCACCUCUCCUUCCCUGGCAUCUCCUCUGCUUCAGCUGGUGGAAGU